ACAAUCUCCCCCACCCCCACCAGAUCAUACAAGUGACACAUUCAGAUGUAGAUUUCAACCUGAAAUGAAAAAAAGUGUCUGUUCUUCUGCUCCACGAUGCUGAAUACAUUGGUUUUAAUCAUCUGUCUGGCAGGAGCUAUUUUUGCCGAAGAAACUCCAGAUGUCGACUGUAUUGUGUUGCAUCUCGAGGCUGUUCACUGUUCCUGGAAUACGACGGUCAAUCACACCUUCAGAAGCUGGUUCCAUUCCGAAAAUAUCACAGUGUGUGAGCACUACCUGACACAGAAAGACAACAAUGUAAACAACGGCUGUAUUCAGCCAUACGGGGACAAAGGAAACAGGUUCUUGACAUUUUACACGCAACUGGAUCACAGUAAUUAUGUGAAGGAGCACGAUCUUAUAAAAAAAGUUAAGUUAAAUCCACCAACCAACCUGACUGUUCAGAAUGGAGCCGACUCAAAUCUGUGGUUUUACUGGAAUCAGACUUUUGCAUCUUGUGUGGAAAGUGAGGUUCGCUAUAGAAUCAAUGACAAGAAGUGGGCUGUGAGUAACCUAACAUACAGUAUAUGCUCCUCAGCGUCUUGCUUUGUCAUCUAUAGAUUAUCUUCUUAUCAAUUCAUGCAGACUUACUCGGUCAUUCCGGGGAAGCAAAAUUACUGCAUUAACUUGCCCUCCAGCCGCUCCCGGUAUGAGCUUCAAGUGAGGAGCAGAAUAGAAAAAACUUGUGGGAAGUCUGACUUCUGGAGCGAAUGGAGCGAGCCUGUGGUGUGGGGAUCCAACAAAGACACAGAAACCGAUCAAGCACAGAGCUCCAUGUUUGUGUGGAUAAUUGUGUACAUUUUGCCUCCAGUCGCACUUGUCCUGAUGGGCAUACUUCUGCUGCAAUACGAGCGGUUUAGAAUCCACUUCAUUCAUGUGGUACCCAAGCCACUCCUGAUACUGCACGACAUUGAAACUUGGCAUCAAUUCUCCAAAGGCUUUCAAGAAGGUUUAAAGACCGAAUACCAUGAACAUGCCUGCCCUGUUCGAGAAUGCUGCCAAGAUUCCCAGUUUGACAGCCAGAGCUCCGACGGUUCCACUUCCUCUUUUGACACUGAGCAAACUGACUACUCCUCUUCCAGCACCACUGUCCCCACCGCCUCCACUGAGGAGCAUCUGAUUUCUGAUUAGAAGAAAUAUUAAAGUCUCGAGUUGAGUUUUGCAUAUGUUCUUGAGUUAGGAUUAGGAUUGUGGUGGUCUAUCUUGGAAAUGCCUCAGCAGUUUCUAUGCAAAACGUAUCACUGUCAGACCAGGAAAUUAAGGAAGUAAAACCACUGCUUCCCUGUGCUUGCUUCUCAGUUCAUGCACUUCUCCUGAAUACAGUAUAUCACUUUUGAAUAAACUCCCAACUGAAGUCACAAAAUGCUCCAAUUUUUUAUCAAGAAGCCUUUUUAGAUUCAUUGACUCGAGUCAGCGGACUUGUCAGAAACACAGCAGACUCAGAUGUAGCGUUUUUGGCAAUCGGUUGUUAAAAAGAGCAGAGUGCUCCUGUCAUAUAUAGGAUCUUUGACUUCUGUUCUGUUCAGUAACACAUUAAAACCGUGACAUA